UAAUGGGACAAUGUAGGAGAGGAAACGCCUCUUUCUGCCUGUGUGUGUGUGUGUGUGCGUGUGUGUUUGUGUGUGUGUUCGUGUGUAUGCGUGUAUGUGUGUGUUUGGUGUGCUUAUGCGUUUGUCAUUGUGUGGGUCAUUAGUGCACGACUGUCACCAGCCAGAGACACUGAACACAUCCAUAGCGACCUCCAGCUUCUGGUUCGGCUUUGGGAUUUUGAGUAAACUUCAAACUUGGCUUCACAGAAAUUUGGAAUUAAUCUCUUUCUGUUUUCUCUCUCUGCUUGUUUUUAUUUUAUGGUAAUUCGUGGAUUUAUUAUGGAGAAUUAAAAUGGUGAGAAAGAAAAAACUGCAUGUGUUUGAAACUUGUGGAAGCAUGUUGUGGGAUGGAUAAACAACAACAAAGCGCUAGUAUGGCCGCUAAUGACCCUGCUGAGCCCUCUGUUGACCCCCAGCCUGGGGACCUCAUUGAGAUCUUCAGACCGGCCUAUCAGCAUUGGGCACUCUACCUGGGCGAUGGUUAUAUCAUCAACUUAACUCCUGUUGAUGAGAGCCAAGCUGCCGCCAUGUCCAGCGUGAAGUCCGUCUUCAGCCGGAAGGCGGUGGUGCGCAUGCAGCUGCUGAAGGAUGUAGUGGGAAGCGACUCGUACCGUGUCAACAAUAAGUACGACCACAACCACACACCCUUGCCCAUCUGUGAGAUCAUCCAGCGAGCACAAGUCCUGAUUGGCCAGGAGGUGUCCUAUGACCUACUGGGGAGUAACUGCGAGCACUUUGUCACCUUGCUGCGCUACGGGGAGGGAGUAUCUGAACAGCUCCAGAUGUACUAUAGGUCGACACCAGUGGCAGCAUCUGGAUUGACAUUGGAUACUUGUUGGAUAGUGACAUUGUUUUCACCACAACAAGGCGGGAGAAAUGAGUGUCAGCUGUUUAACCUUCACACCAUGGUCCCAAUAUUGCAGAAUACCAUUUAACGCUACAAGGGCCAUUGGGGCCAUCAGUUUGGUCACGGCAGCAGCAAGCGCCUUCUCUGUCCUGGGACUAAUUAACUCUCGAUCCAGAAACAGGCCCUUCUGAC